AUGGGAAGUGAAUUGUUUUCGGAAGUGCCGGUGUAUUCCCCGGAUAUUCCUAAAAUGUGGGAGUACCCGAUAGAUGUAGUCUCCGAAAGUUACGGGGACUUUGUCAGUGAAACAAGCAGAGGUGAUUCGCUGGUAGAGACAGUGACGGGAAUAUUCAACGAAAGUGAGUACAAGGCUUCGACUCUGUACACAAAGGACGCCGAGGACCAAGAGGAGGUGGACGUCCUGAACAACUGGUGGGCCAUGUUUGCCCUGGUGCUGGUCAUCGGCACUGCGGCGGGGAACAUCCUGGUGUGUCUUGCCAUUGUCUGGGAGAGACGCCUGCAGAACGUUACCAAUUACUUUCUCAUGAGCCUCGCCAUCACCGACUUGAUGGUCGCCGUCUUGGUCAUGCCUCUGGGCAUCCUCACCUUAGUCAGGGGAUACUUUCCGCUUCCUGCGGUUUACUGCCUCGCUUGGAUAUGCCUGGAUGUGCUUUUCUGCACGGCCAGCAUAAUGCAUCUGUGCACCAUCAGCGUAGACAGGUACCUCAGUCUGCGCUACCCCAUGAAAUUCGGUCGCAACAAGACACGUCGACGAGUCACCCUGAAGAUCGUUUUCGUGUGGCUUCUCAGCAUCGCGAUGAGUCUGCCACUUUGCCUCAUGUAUUCGAAG